CGUGACGACACAUCCGCCAGUCCGGAAAACAUGGCGGCUGUCGGUGUGUCGGACUCGGUGGCCGGUGACGUCGUGAUAAAGACGGAACCGGAGGAGCUGGACUGUGAGCUGAUGUCGGGCUCAGACGGAGCGCAGGUGAAGCGGGAGCCGGUGGUGACGCUGCUGGUGCCGGUGAGCGGGCUGCAGUCGCUGUGCUGGUCCCAGGACCACCGUGUGUGUGUGGGCACCAGCAGCUCCCUGACGCUGCUGGAGCUGCAGUGUGACGUCAACAGCAACAGACAGGACAUGAUCCUGCACCGGACCUCCAUCCCUGUCCCCGCGGACGACUACCGAGUCAGGGUGGGAACUGCAGCAGAGGAAAGUGAAGCGAUGGAGAGGUUCAGUUCACACCCGGACCCGACUGUGAGGCAGCUUUUCAUGGCCGACAGAGUGAUGAACCCGUUGCUCGGAGCGCAGAAGGGAAUAAAGUACAGCUGCUGGUCUCCGUUAGGUUGUGACUCCAGCGGACGUUGUUUACUCGCGUGUCUCACGCUCGACCACAGACUCACCGUUCACCACAGCCUCAAGCGUCUGGAGUGGAGCACGCUCGUCAACUUGACAGAAAAGUACAACGAGAGGCUGAGGGAGCGAGGCUACGCCAAGAAAGACAAGGAGGCGGCGCCGGCGAGCUUACAGGACUUUGAGGAGCUGCAGCGGCGUUAUCGCAUGCAAACGCCCAUGAGGAUGGAGUGGUCCAGUAUUUACAUGGUCAAACAGGUGCAGGACAACAACCUGUGCAAAGACGUGGAGAUGGUCUUCCUGGCUGUCCUCAUGGAGAACGGUGACCUCGUCUUGUGGAAGUUUGAGUUGCCGUUCGUGGACGGCGCGGACGCCGCCUUCUAUGACGUCAUCGAGUCGGGCAUGACUCGACCCAGGGACUUGGCGUGGUGGGAGUACGACAACGCGGAGCGGCGGAUGAGCGGCCUGAUCGUGGGCAGCGAGGUGGGACCUGUGAAGAUCAUGCCGGUCAGUCUGUCGGGGGUCAAAGGUUACUUCACCCUGCGACACCCGGUCAUCAUGUGGAAGGAGUGCGACGAGAUCGCGGCGGAAAACAUCAGGUGUGUUCAGAUGGUUCACCCCAUCCACAAGUCCAACUGCAGCCUCAUCGUCGCCUCCCGCGGAUGUUACGUGUUCUGGUGUCUGCUGGUGAUUUCUCCCGCUGGACUCGACGUACACAACUCUCACGUGGCCGGGCUUCACUCGCUGCCCGUGGUCUCGCUGGCGGUCAGUCAGCGCGGCACCGCGCUGUACACGUGCUCCGUCGACGGAGGCGUAAAGAAGCUGACGCCGACGUUCAGCAGCCAGUCUUUGAGUUUCAUACAAGAGGACACGCUGCAGAUGGAAGAGCUCGCAAAUCGAAGGAUCCACGGGAUCGCCGUCAGCCACAACGGAGCGUACAUCGCGGUGGUCAGCACACAGGGUAUAACGGACAGUCUCCACCCACUCAGCAGGACGUACCAGGUUCACUUUGUCACGCUGAAAACUCCACAAACGGCCGCGUCGCUGCUGCUCAAUUCUCCCUCACAAAACUUGUACAAAAUGGCCGACGUGCUUGACAUCGUGAGGUGGCACGUUUUAAAAAACAAGAAGAUCCCAGAGUUCCUGCAGGAGGAGCUCGAUCGAAGGAUCCAGGAAGUGAACGUGCCAUAUUUGUGGCGCCUCAAGCUGUUUUUGGUGCGCGUGCUUUACCAGUCGCUGCAGACUCCGCCCACGAGUAACCUGUGGAAACCCAGUCAGGACGGAAGCAAGGUGUUUGUGAGGGACACGGAGGACAGGGGGGACAACAGAGACGAGUCUGUGGGAGUCAAACAGGAGAAGGAGACUCACGAGGAGCGAUUAGAGGAGGUGCAGGCUUGGAUCAGUACUGUGGAGACGCACCUGAUGAGAGAGAACAUAAAGAAGGUGCUGGGCGUGGUCUACCUCAACACCUGGAAGAGCAACCAGAUCAACAUACCCAUCUGUGAGCUGGUGGACUACCUCGAGCAAGACACCGACGACAGAGAUGUGGAGGUUCUCGUUGGCCACAUCAAGAAGAAGAGGAAUAAGCAGAUCUUCUUGGAGCGCUGCAGCCUGUGUCAGGCAGCGCUGCCGUACACUGACCACAAACAAGCUGCGUGUCCCAACGGUCACAUGUGGCUCAGGUGUGUGUUGUCAUACCAGUCGUGCCAGACGCUGACGUUCAGACGCUGCCUCCUGCUGGAUGGUGUUGCGAGGCUGCCAAGCCCGGAGGAUCCAGAGUGGGUGAAGAAGCUUCUUCAGGCUCCGUGUACGUUCUGUGACUCACCGAUGAUCUGAGCGACCUCUGUGACCUUUAAGCUCCGCCUCUCUCUGUCACAUAUUUUGUGUUGUUGUAAAUAAAAGUCUUGUGUGGUUUACAAA